AUCCUAGGGAUUAGCAAUUCACGUAUUUUGGAUGGCUUGAAGGAUUUGGUACAAUGGAUAGAGGUAAAUCUUCCUCUGAGGGAGAAGAGUGUUAAGAACAAAAGGUUGAUGGGGGCAAAACGUUAAAAUUGGAGCCAGCCAGAUAUCCAGAAAUACUUCUUCAGACAAAGAUGUGUGUACAUUUGGAACUCUCUAUCCUUCACCUUAACCCCAUUCCCAUUCAGAAAAGCUUUUGAGUUUAGGAUCUAGUUGAUCUAAUUCCAGAACUGGGAAAGGUUAUGGAACCAAAGUGAGGAGAUAUGGAGUGAAGAUACAGAUCAACAAGACGCUAACUAAAUAGUAGUAGGGUGAAGGGGCCGAGUGGACUUAAAUAGGGGAUGCCACUCGGCCCUUUGAGACUAGUGCAGUAUUUAGUAAGAUCAUAUGUCAAUCAACUUUUAGCAUUAUCUCCAUAUUCUUUAUUCCCCUUGUACCCAAAAAUAUAGCAGUGUCUAAUUUUGAAUAUUUUAAACACUGACAACAUCCACAAAGCUCUGAAGUAGUCUUCCAAAGAUUCACAACUUUCUGUGCUGUUGGCAUGCGUUUUGGAAAGAUAGGUUUGGCUACGUAAUGAACCUAACUGACUUGACCAUGAAAUCAUGGAUUUUCACUUGACUCUGGAUCUCCUGGAGGCUACCAAUAAACACAGGAUGAUUUUGAAUUGUGGUUAAAGUUGAUCUCCAGUAUCUGCCUUGUAAUGUUACACACUUUGAACUGAUGGAUGAAUCAGAUGAUGAUUUUGUUGAACUCUGCAAGACAACAUCUAGAUGCCCAGUUGAAGCUGAAGGGAAGAAAUGCAAAUCAGUCUGCUGGAGCCGCACCAAUUCGUUUGUAGCAAAGACAAAGUUAAGAGAGAAACAAAUCUUGAACAGUGAAGCAAGUUGUUUUCAUGAGAGCAAAACCAAUAGUGAUGGAACAGCAGAGUGGAAAAAUAGUAGGACAACUGAAUGUCAGGCACGUGAUCUACCUGCCCCUUCAUGCAGCAGACAAGUGACAAUAAAAGAUGUCACUGUGCUUCAGCCUUCAAAGCCUGAGGCUUUAGAGGGCUCUAGGAUUGUUAAGGAUGGCCUACCAGACAGUAUGUGGAUCCAUAGGCUCAGCCAUUCAGCAAUUAUGAAGAAAACUGUUAACAAAGGCCUAGGUGUGAAAGAACGAGUUUUGGGAAAUAUGCAGAGAUUUAGGAGAAAGGAACCUGAACGUUUGCGACAUAGCAAUGAUGUAAAAAUGCUGUCAGCUUCUACCAUCCAAGAGGAUGAGAAGAAUGAAGAACUCUGUUCCUUGGAUACAAACAAAAAGAAUGGUCAAACAGACAGUCAUUCAACUGCAACAUCCCUUCCUGCAUCAUUUAUUUCUGAAGAAGAUGCUGUAGCUGAUGACUGCCAUAGGUUGGCUGACAGUGAUCUGGCCUUGGCGUGGACAAUACAACAGGAGUUGGGAGCAACUGAGGCCUAUACUCUUGAAGACAAUGGGCUCUUUUUUUGUGUAAUCUGUCAGAAGGAUCUUUCCAACAUGAAUUCUGCUCGACGCACUCAGCACAUCAACAGAUGCUUAGAUGAAGGAGAGCAGAAAACAGCGACAGCAAUCUCGAAAAACAUCCCUUCAGUUCCUGAAUGUCCAAUCUGUGGAAAACAUUUUAAAAGCUUCAAGAGUCGAGCGAUUCACCUCAAACGCUGUGCCAUUGAACUGGAGGUUCCACCACAGUUAUUGUUGCAGGCAGUUCAAAGACAAAACUCCCAGUGUCCUGAAAGCUGCACUUACUCAACGAGCCUUCAGUCAAGUGGAUUAAAAAGAAAAAGUUCAACAAGAGAAAAUGAACCGCCAAAGAAAUGCAAGACUACCAGUAAGCCACCAUUGGAUGAGGAUACAAUGGUUGCCAUGGCAUUAUCUGCAUCUUUGAUGGAACAGCAAAAACAGGAGGAGGAGAGGCAAAAUGUAACCGUGCAUGCUGAUAACUUCAGCCUUGCCAAAAUUAUGGUAGCAUCAGAUAAGAGAUGUCGAAAGAAGCGGAAGGAUGACCUUCCUCCAUUGUUAUUGGUCCAGGACCCUGAGAUGGCAUUCCAAAGGGUACAAAACAGUUUGGCAGCGCUGUUGUCUGAGGAAAUGGAAAUAUCUAGCACCCCUCCAUUACCAGCAAGCACUUUCUGCAUAGGUGGAAUACUGAGCCACGUCUGUCAUGUAUGUCCAGGGAUAACUGAACAAGAAAGCCUGUGGUGUCGCAGUGCUUUGUAUGGAUCCAGUAAUUGGGACUCUGCACUCUUUUAUGCAGCUAACUUGGUUCCACCUAUAACACCAUGGAAACAGGGACAUGAUCAAGAAUAUCUGGCUUAUAAUGAACAGAUGUCAUCUUCAGUGGUGCCCGACAGAGCCCUUGUAAGACCAUCCUUAAAGUUGAUCGAUCAACAUUCUGCUCCAGCUGAUGUUGGAAGUAAGACUGAGACUGCAGAUGUGUGCUUAGCUGGCAGUCAGCAGGAUCGGACAUUGUUUGACUUGAUGGAUUUAGCUGGUGAGGGAAUGACAUUGACACAGUGGAAUUAUGGGGUUAACCAUGAACAAGACAAUGAAAUAACAGGAAGAAACAUAAAGGACACUUUAUUGGAUGAUAUUACACCUAGUGGAUUUGUCCCAGCUCGGAGUGAGAGAAGUUGUGGAAAUAGUUUGCACCAUGCACCGCAACUGAAGAAAUUGAGUGAAGAUCUUGCAGGACUGGUGAAUAAUCCCCACCUGAGUGACGUGCAGUUUCAGGUGGACAGCGGUGAGAUUGUGUACGCUCACCAGUUUAUGUUGUAUGCUCGCUCUCCACACCUUGUCCAACUUGUGCAUGAUGAAGGAUUUCUGGUGGAAGAGGAUGGUGCUGCUAUGACUCGCAGAUUCUUGCUUCCUGAGGUUACAACAGAGGGAGUUUGUGCUUUCCUUCAAUAUCUAUACACUGCUAGUAUAACUGUAUCUCCCAGUGUGAUUUCAGAGCUUCAAGCUCUUGCUAACAGAUUCGCUGUGAAUGAGUUGGUAGAGAUCUGCAAAGCCUUCUCAAAUGAAGUUGAAUCUCAUGAAGGUUAUUCAGAAAAUGAUCCUUCCACUAAAAUAGAUGAAAACUAUGGAACUAGAGAAGACAAUCUCCAGGACCUUCUGAGGUCCAUGUGGAUGGGCGAACCUGAGGACCCUGCUUUGGACCCUCAAUCUGCAGAGGAUGAAGAUAAGUUCAGUGAGAAAGUUGAUGAUGAGGAGUUAGAAGAACUUUAUGAGUUUUCUGCCACUCAGAGAAAAAUUGAGAGAACCUCCCUUCAAACUCAAGAGAUUGAGGGAGUUGAACAGAAGAAUAGUGUGGAAAAUGAAGAAAAACUUAAUGGGUAUGGAGAAAAUGAACGGAGGGUGGAGGGUCCAAGAACUAAAAGUGAAAUAGUUGAAAAUUGUGAGACUUCCAUAACUGAAAGAGAAACUAGAUCUGACUCAUCCUGUCCUUCCAAGAAUCUGGAAGCAUCCAUGAUGCAAGAACCUUCUCAAAAGGGUGAAACAUUCCACCUAAAAGAAUCUCAGAACCAUAGCUUCAGACCUGAUUUGAAUUUAAAUACCAGUGAUGACUGUCUCUUUUCAGAAACGGAUUUGUCAGUAGAAUCACAGCAAGAUGAAAUAAAGUAUGGUUUAGAUGUCUUUGAAGAAGAUAAGACAUUGGCUUCAAAGAGCAGUCAUUCAUCUAGCUCCUUUGCCAACUGUAGCAUUAACUGUCUUUCACCGAUGGGUGAGAUUGAAUGUCCCUCUGCUUGCCCGAGUUUGCCGGACCUGCCUUUGGUUGGAUCAUCACCGUUGGAAACUUACGCAAAUGUGCAAUCUCCACAGGAACGCCUGUCUUUGGUUUCAGCAGUAAUCUCGUCCCUUGGAGCUGCACAGCAUGGGAAUUCCUCUGAAAUAAUGUCUUGUGACUCAGUGAUUUCAAAUGGACAACUGAAUUUGGCAGACAAAAGAUGUGAUAAUGCACCAAGUCUGCAGGAUCACAGUGCUCAUGAAUCUUUAAAAUACUUAGAAUGGUUAUCAAACCAAAAACCUCCUUCAACAGGUGCUCCUCAUUUGCAGAGGCUGUCUCAAAAUACCAGUGAAAAGCCACAGGGCAAUCAGUCACCAACUAUUAGCAUUGACUCCAGUCAGUCUCCGUCAGAGAAUAAAUCCAAUAAUACCCUGUUGAUUAUAUCCUCAGAUGAGGAAAUGGACAUAACUGAAAAAAUGUUUUCACUUUGUUCUGAAAGCACACAAUUAAUGCCCUCACCGAACGAUAAAUGUUCUAGUAUUGAAUCAAACCCAGGUGUUAAACAAUUCAUUAUUAAAUCUGAAAAGGUGUUGAUGUCUAAGAUUGAUGCUGAACAGGGAAACGUCAAAGUUUCUGGAAUUACAUCCGAAUAUUUGGAUGAGGUACAUAACAAUAGCAUUUCAGAGUUUUCCAUUGGUGAUGUUGUUAAAAAGGUGGCCAACCAUGAAAACCAAGUUAAGGAUAGUGAAAAUGAGCUGACUCUACAGCUAAGCAGUGAUGGUGAACAGAGUAAUGAAGACCGUACAGUGGAAGGGUCAUGGCUGGUACCUGCAACUCCACUUUCAACAGGAUCUAGACACUGUUCAGGGUUGACUACAACUUCUUGCUCCCUACAAAGUCAGGGUGUUAGAAGGGACAAGCUAUUUGAGAAAAAAAUAGAACAGGAGGUUACAGUAUUAAAAUCUGUUAAUGUGGGACAGGGAAAUCCACAAGCAAUUAACAUAUCAGAAGAAGGUUUUAGAGAUGACCAAGGAAUAGUUAGUGAGUUGGAUUGUUCUGCUGAAAAAAAUUCUGUCAAUCAGUGGUCACUGCCAUCAUCUCCAAUUCCUUCCACACAAAGGUCUGAUUGUAUUGUUGAAUUAGGAAGUGAGGAAACUUCAUUCACCCAUUCUCCUUCACAGCUAGAAGGAGCAUUGCCACUGUCAUUCUCUUCUGAAGAGAAGGAAUCAUCAGACAAGUCUGUGCUGGAGAUUGAAGACACUGAAGAGGAGAUGUUUGAAGAUGGGCCGCCAAUACCAUCUGAUGAGUUUUGGAAUUCUGAAGGUAGUCCUCAACUUGAAGUGGAAGAUUUUCAUGGUGAGGCAAUAUUUCACAAGAUAGUCAAUCCAGUGAAGAAUAAAGAUGGACACUAUCAUGUCACAAAUGCAGACAGUAAGAAUAGCACACCUCUCUCAGAAAAAUCAAAGCCCAGGCUGAACUUUCCAGCUACUGAAAUAGAUCAGAGAAGCAAAGCUGAUACAAAACACCUGCCAAACAGACCACAUCCCAGUUCAUUUGAUUCUAAUAUUUGGACUGAAGGUGAAUUUCCUGAAGUCCUCUAUGGAUUAUCCCAAAAGUUAUCUGUACUUCAGAAAGAAAGCAUUUGUAACAGGCAACAUGUUGGAGAGCACAAAACUCCAGCCCCUGUCAACCAAAAGAAAGCUCAACUUCCAUUGGCUCCCAUCACUCCAGAACCACCUUAUUCAACAAUGGCCACCCCACACCUAAAGAGAGAACUGAGCAAGUUUGGUGUUCGGCCUCUGCCAAAGAAGAAAAUGAUUCUGAAAUUAAAAGAGAUUUAUCAAUAUACACAUCAAGUCGUUCAGCCUGCUCCUGAUACCCAAUCGAAGCAGCAAAUAUCAUCUUCACAGCCUUGCACCUGGAAAACAAUCCCAGCUUUAACUAGCAAACUAAAAGUGGGCACCAACAAACUGUCCCAGCCAGUUUCAUCAGGAAGAAACCAACGGAAAUCACACUCCAAAAAACAGUCACAAUCUGUUUCAGCAGAAACCAGCAACCGAGCAAUGAAAGGUCACCUUAAAGCCACUUCUAAAAGAAAAGUGAAAAGCCUGGUGCUUCAGUCAGAUGGGCUAGAAGCCAAAUCACCUUUGAAAGCUGUUGCUUCUCAUGUGGCUAACCAGCUGCCUUCUUCUCAAAGCUCCUCUUCAUCAUGGAGUGAGGAUUCCUUUGAAUCACAAAGGCUAUUGGCUAAUGAAUGUGACAACGUCUUAAGCACAGAUUCAGAUGAUGACAAGGACGAUGGAAUCACUCCAUCACAGGCAGCAAUCCGUGAAGCAGAUACAACGGAAGCCAUACGCCAAUAUAUUCUGUCAGACCUAUCUCUGUAUAGUGAAAUUGUGCAGUACAAGCCUUUUGAACUGUCAGACCUCCACCAGAAGCUUAAGGAAAAUGGGAUAAAGGUUUCCAAAGGAAAACUGCUGGAAUUUCUUGAUGCCCAGUGUAUUACUUUUACCACAGCUCGAGCAAGGAAGGAAAUGUUGAAAAGGAGAAAGCAGGGCAUUGAAAAACAGCGAAAGGGAAAGUUCAGUCAGUGCCACAGGAAGAGGUAAGUGCUGGUGGAGCAGCAACUAAACAUUCCUCUUGUAGUAGAAAUCAUACUGCAUUUCCAUCUGAUUUGGAAACUGUUUUGUAAUGAGUAUGAUUGAUUAUAAAUUCAGGCAAGGAACACCUUAAUAGCACUUUUAACAGUACCACUUUAGACAAAACAGCAUUAACUGCUGUGCCAGGAAGUAAUGUGGUGCUCCUAUAGAAUAUUUCAAUAACUGUCGCCCUACCUCAGAACCAUCAUGAAAGCCAGCACUGUUGUAAUGAGAGUGUGAAAUAUGACAAAGGUAUGACCUUAAAUGAAAAUUGAACACAUUGACUUUCUUUCAGCCAAAUUCUUGUCCAAGGUCUGAAUUUUUGUUUAAAUCAUGUUGCUAACAAACUGUAAAAUAAGGAGAAUUGCACACAGAAGUGCCACUGUUUUGAAUAAUGUUAGUCAUACAUUGACUGUUCCUUCAUCAGCUCUACUGGCAAAUCAUUAUUUUAGCUGGAGAUAGGAGCAUUGCAAGGAAAUAUAAGCAAUUUAACCUGAAAUAAAUGCAGGCAAUAAACAGCCUCCUUCAUUGUAACCAAGUAAUUUAGUCAAAUUAUGUUCCCUUGUAUUUGUUUCCUCUUUAAUAUUCCAACUUAGGGGUGGUGAUCUAAUUCAGAAAAACCAUAUUUGUACACAAUGAGAUAAGAAAUUCUUUAAUACUUGGUAUAUAUGUAAAUGAAAAAAAAACUAAAAUGCAUUUUGCCUGUUUGUGUGUUUAUUUGUAAUAAAAUGUUAGCUGUUUUGAUAACUAGUGACAUCUGAAAUGGAUAUGCUUAUACCCAAAAUGUUAAUAUGUGUAAUUAUUGGUAAAUGCUGCACUUAAGUGUAAAUGUAAUAGUGAUAGAAUUGUAACAUUUUAACAAAAAAUAAAAAAGAUGCACUUUUAA